AAUGGGUAAUCAUGUAGCUGCUAGCUUCCUGUAAUUGGAUUAUCCCAUUAAGUUUUUGUGUCUAUAGACAUGUCUUUGUUUUUUGGCCAAAUCAAGAAUAGUACGUGCGGUACUGAAAAUCAUUUUAACAGUGAUAUUUUACAAAUGCAGGAGAAAAUCCUGUUUUAUUAGGUCAACAUGAAUCAUCAAGAUUUUGGACAACAUAGUAAAACAAAGUUGAAUGCGAAUAACUAUAACUACUACCUGAGGAUGAAAUUUGACAGAGGUGGCUGGAUCUGGGGAUUUGGUGCAGGCACCGACGUCGGCACCGGAGAAGGAAGACUCAGAGCAAGUGUGGGUGAGAGCGGAGCGGGCGGAGGCGAUGAGAUCGUGGCCGAGACAGUGCUGGCUGUCGCUUGUGAGGGUGAGGACGAAGAUGCGCCCGCGCGUCUCCAAGGAGCACUUCCAGCUAGGGCGGUGCCUGCGGUAGUGGGCCAGGGAGAGAUCGCGAGUGAAAGAAGAUACAGAGGCCACCGUCCUCGUCGGAAGCGCUCCUUGGAGAAGGGUGAGCACUUCUUCGUCCUCACCCUCACGGACGACAGCGAGCACUGUCUUGACCACGGCCUCAUUGCCCCCGUCCGCUCUGCUCUCAUCCGCGCUCGUUCUGAAUCCUUCUCCUCUGAUGCCGGCGCCGGCGUCAGUGCCUACGCCAGUGAAGGCGGAGGAAGAGGACAUAGCGCUGCUUUCUUUACCGUUGCGGAAGACCGCGGAGGUGGUGGAGAAGAAAAAAAAAAAAGAAGAAAAAAAAAGGGAUAUUUUGUUCAGUUUUCUGAAAAUUCGCUAAUGAUUUUCCAAGUUGGGUCCACCACUCUGGUGCUUUGCGAUCUAUGCUUAUGCAACAAGUUUUGAUAGGAGUUGAAAAGUGAGUCCGGGUAAUCAAUCCAUGUGUUUUGCAGACGUGGAAGCUACGAGAGGAAGAGAGGCUGUUGGAGAUCGUGGAUCCAGAAAUAGUGGGAUAUCCCCAGGAGCAGGUGUUGCGCUUUAUCAAGGUGGC